AAAUCAAAACCUUCCUCCCAGCUUGCGCGCUCUCGCGAUAUUAGGCGACGAGCCACGGAUCCAACAUGGCGGAAGAGGAGGUGCAGAAACUGCAGAAGCACCUUGCUCUGCUGAGGCAAGAGUAUGUGAAGAUGCAGCAGAAACUGGUGGAGACGGAGAGGCGCUGCUCUGUUUUGGCUGCUCAGGCUUCUGUACCCGGCUCCUCCUCUCAGGCCAGUGACUCCUUCAUCAGUCGCCUGCUGGCCAUCGUCUCUGACCUCUAUCAGCAGGAGCAGUACAGUGAUCUAAAGGUGAAGAUUGGAGACCAGAGGCUCAGUGCUCAUAAAUUUGUACUGGCUGCUCGCAGUGAAAUCUGGAGUUUAGCUAACCUGGCUUCCACCUCAGAACUGGACCUCUCAGAUGCCAAACCAGAGGUGGCGAUGGCAAUGCUGCGCUGGACAUACACGGAUGAUCUGGAGUUGAAUGGGAAUGAUGGCUUUCUCAUUGACCUGAUGAAGUUAGCCAACCGCUUCCAGCUCCAUCUCUUGCGAGAAAGAUGUGAGAAAGGAGUGAUGUCAUCAGUGAACGUUAGGAACUGCAUCAGGUUUUAUCAGACAGCCGAAGAGCUGGACGCCGCAACAUUGAUGAACUAUUGCGGAGAGAUUAUUGCCAGUCACUGGGAUGAUCUGCGGAAAGAGGACUUCAGUACCAUGGAUGCUCAACUUCUCUAUAAGAUGAUCAAAUCUAAAACCGAGUACCCUCUUCACAAAGCUAUUAAAGUAGAGCGAGAAGAUGUGGUCUUCCUUUAUCUAAUAGAGAUGGAUGCCCAGUUACCAGGAAAGCUGAAUGAGCUGGACAAUAAUGGAGACUUGGCGUUGGAUCUGGCUCUGUCCAAGAAGCUGGAGAGCAUCGCCACUACACUGGUCAACAACAAGGCAGAUGUUGACAUGGUGGACCAGAGCGGCUGGAGUCUUCUACAUAAGGCAAUCCAGAGAGGGGAUGAAUUUGCCUCCACUUUCCUGAUCCGUCACUCGGCACAGGUCAACGCUGCUACAGUUGGGGCUGUGGAGACACCUCUGCACCUGGUCUGCUCUUUCAGCCCUAAGAAACACAGUGGUGAGGUUAUGGCUGGCAUGGCACGCAUCGCUGAGGCUCUGCUCAAAGCUGGUGCCAACCCCAACAUGCAAAACAGCAAAGGACGGACGCCACUACAUGAGGCUGUGGUGUCAGGAAAUGAACCGGUCUUUAAUCAGCUUCUGCAGUGCAAACAGUUAGACUUGGAGCUAAAAGAUCACGAAGGCAGCACUGCACUCUGGCUGGCCCUGCAAUACAUCACUGUGGCCUCUGACCCCUCUGUUAACCCUUUUGAAGACGAGGCUCCUGUUGUGAACGGCACUUCAUUUGAUGAGAACAGCUUUGCAGCACGGCUUAUACAGAGGGGGAGCAACCCUGAUGCUCCGGACACUAAUGGCAACUGCCUUAUGCAGAGAGCAGCAGUCGCAGGAAGUGAAGCAGCUGCUAUCUUUCUGGCCACACAUGGAGCUAAAGUCAAUCACACCAACAAAUGGGGAGAGACGCCUCUCCAUACGGCUUGCCGCUGUGGCCUGGCAGGACUGACAGUAGAGUUACUUCAGCAGGGGGCCAAUCCUAACCUGCAGACGGACAUCGCUUUGCCCGGUGGAGUGGAGAAGAGCCAGGGGGUCUCCCAGCAGAGCCCGCUCCACCUGGCCAUUGUUCACAACCAUCCGGAUGUGGUGUCUGUCAUACUAGAACAGAAAGCCAAUGCGCUACACGCUACCAACAACCUGCAGAUCAUCCCUGACUUCAGCUUGAAAGACUCCAUGGAUCAAACCGUUCUGGGUCUUGCUCUCUGGACUGGUAUGCACACUAUUGCUGCUCAGCUGCUAGGCUCUGGAGCAGCCAUUAAUGACACCAUGUCUGAUGGACAGACGCUGCUUCACAUGGCCAUCAAAAGACAGGACAGCAAAAGCGCCCUCUUCCUGCUGGAGCAUCAAGCCGAUAUCAAUGUCAGGACCCAGGAGGGGCAGACGGCUUUGCAGUUAGCCAUCAGUAACCAGCUUCCUUUAGUAGUGGACGCCAUCUGCACCAGAGGAGCCGACAUGUCAGUGGUGAAUGAGAAGGGGGAUCCUCCACUCUGGCUGGCUUUGGAGAACGGUUUGGAGGACAUUGCAUCAACAUUGGUGAGACAUGGGUGUGACGCGACCUGUUGGAGUUCAGGGCCGGGAGGAUGUCAGCAGACUCUUCUCCACAGAGCCAUCGAUGAGAACAAUGAGGUCACCGCCUGCUUCCUUAUACGCAGUGGCUGCGAUGUGAACAGCUCGAGAAGGCCUGGUCCUAAUGGUGAAGGUGAUGAGGAGGCGAGAGAUGGACAGUGUCCACUACACCUGGCUGCAUCCUGGGGUCUGGAGGAAGUGGCGCAGUGCCUUUUAGAGUUUGGAGCCAAUGUUAAUGCACAGGAUUCAGAGGGCCGUGCUCCCAUCCAUGUCGCCAUCAGCAACCAGCAAAGCGUCAUCAUCCAGCUGCUCAUCUCCCACCCUGAAAUCAGGCUGAAUAUUCGAGACCGACAAGGCAUGACGCCUUUCGCCUGUGCCAUGACCCACAAAAACAACAAGGCUGCUGAAGCUAUCCUUAAGCGAGAGCCUGGUGCUGCUGAACAGGUGGACAACAAAGGUCGCAACUUUCUCCAUGUUGCUGUGCAGAAUUCAGACAUAGAGAGUGUGCUGUUCCUCAUCAGUGUACAGGCCAAUGUCAACUCCAGAGUGCAGGACAGCGCCAAACUCUCGCCUCUACACCUGGCUGUGCAGGCAGGAUCCGAGAUCAUUGUCAGAAAUCUGCUCCUGGCUGGUGCUAAAGUAAACGAGCUGACCAAGCAUCGUCAAACAGCGUUGCAUCUAGCUGCGCAACAGGAUCUUUCCACGAUCUGCUCCGUCCUGAUUGAGAAUGGGGUUGACUUUGCAGCCGUAGAUGAAAAUGGAAACAACGCACUUCAUCUGGCCGUGAUGCAGGGGCGACUAAAUAAUGUGCGUGCUCUACUCACUGAGUCCAACGUAGAUGCGGAGGCCUAUAAUUUAAGAGGUCAGUCUCCCAUGCAUGUCCUCGGCCAGUAUGGGAAGGAGAACGCGGCGGCCAUCUUUGAGCUGUUUUUGGAAUGCAUGCCGGAAUAUCCCCUAGAUAAACCUGACAAUGAGGGCAACACAGUACUGCUGUUGGCCUAUAUGAAAGGAAAUGCUAACUUAUGUCGUGCGAUUGUGAGGGCUGGAGCUCGUCUCGGUGUCACUAACAACCAGGGCAUCAACAUCUUUAACUACCAAGUUGCUACUAAACAGCUUCUGUUUCGUCUGCUAGAUAUGCUAUCCAAAGAGCCCCCGUGGUGUGAUGGAUCAAACUGCUAUGAAUGUAUUACCAAAUUUGGAGUCACCACCAGAAAACAUCACUGCCGCCAUUGUGGGCGUCUGCUCUGCCACAAGUGCUCUAUAAAAGAGAUCCCCAUCAUCAAAUUUGACCUGAACAAACCUGUGCGUGUGUGUGACAUCUGCUUUGAUGUCCUGACCCUGGGAGGCGUGUCGUAACACACCAGAGGAACCUGAAGGACAGGCGCCAGCCGAGCUGAGCAUAAACCCACGGCUUGGGCCUAACACUAUUCAAGGAGGACGCCGAAGAAAGCAAGAGCUUUUGAACAAAACCAUUCCAUUCUUGUCAGACGACAAAAUACAACCAUAACAAUAUGUGUUUGUUCUAGCAGUACUUUUUAGAACCAAACUAUUGUGUGUCGAGGAUCCAGAUUAAAACUAGCGGAAUGCAGAAGCAAAUUGUAAUUCAGAGUGAGAUGAGAAGGACAGCCGUCAUUUACUAGUCAUUAAGCAAACAAUGAACCAUAUGGGCUUUUAUACAGGGCUAACGUGCUACGUGGACACUUAUGAUUUAUGAUCACUUGAUUUUUAUUUUGUUUCUCCAUCAGAAUGACAAAACUAGCACAGGAUUCCCACUCGCCAUCACCACUCCAAUUGACUGUUUCUACAGACUUGAAGGUAUUCGUUGAAUGCUGCUGGAUAUAAGGGAUCUGAAAGGUAGCCAUGUUUAAACAUUGAGAAGCCUUAAUCAUGCAACGCAGGCUCAUUCAGUUGUCACGUUGAUAUUUUGUACACAUUUUUAGCCUCUCUAGAAAGUGAUUUCCUCUGUGGAGUUCAAAUCUAAACACUAAGAGAGAGACAGAUGGAGAAAUACACCUUACUGGCUUUAUGUUAUGUUAUUAGUAACAUGAUCACGUAAUCAUUUAUUAAUCUGCAUAUUCAGUGGACUUUAUUUGAACUGAUCCAUUAGAGUUUGCGUCAUUCUACUAUGUGAGAAUUUAAAUCGUUCCUUGUGAUUCUAUUAAGUCGGACGGGUGCAGAAAUGCAGGUGAAGGUUUAUGAUAUGCUUCCUAUGCAUAUGCAUGACAUCAUCAUCAUCAGUUUAUUCAUUUCUGAUCACCAAAGGAUACAUUCCAGUUAAUGUUUGCUCUGCAAGCUGGUGCUGGGGGCGCUGCUCGCUUGGUCCUUGUUUUCAAAAGUCUCCUUGGUGGCGUAUCACGUCACUUCAUUUUUUUUAUUUGAUGCUUUUCAUGUCCAUGCUUAACAGGUGCACUUUAUCAAGUUCUUUUUUUUAACAUUUCGGAUCAUUUUCAAAAGAGAUUUGGUUUGUUUUCUUUGUUUGUGGGGGGGAGGGCAGGGGGGAAGGGCGAGUCCACAGUCUGUUAUUGGUAUUGUUGAAUUGUACAGAUAAAUGUAUAAUAUUUUUGACCACUACAACUGUUUUGUACUUUACUGCAGGUUGUGCUUUUUUUGUCUAUGUGACAAACCUACAAUUCGGCCUCUGUUUAAUCUUCUCUGCACAUUGUAUGGUAUCUGUAUGCUCAGAUAUUUAGCCUGUCGCCGCCUCUAGUAUCCUUUUCAAGAAAGGGAGGACAACUUUACAUAAAGGACGAUUCAAAAAAAGUC